CCCAAAUCACGCGUGGACGGCAUCCACCCGGCUAAUACGCCCGCACACGAUCGCCGAGACAGAAGGGAGGUGCAACUCGUGCACAACCGUGUCCAUGUAUCACUCUGCCGUAACGACUUGUCGAGAUUUCAAGCCUGAGCCCUAAAAGCAAUGCAGCCAAUCGCUUGCCGGCAUGUUUUAGCCGGCGGUUUCGGUACGCGAGAGGCGAAAUGUAGUCGUGCGCGACGCCACCGCCGCGGUGCCCCCGCGGUCGCAGUUUGGAAGCGCGUCGCGAAGAGACGGCGGACGGCGCCGGCCCGGAUGAUCAAUUGGUAUGCGCACAGGCGAUGGCCCCGUCCAUCCUCACGAACCUCGGCUGCGCCGGCGGCGCCGCCGUGAUCACGGUCACGUUCAUCCACCCCAUCGACACGGUGAAGACGCGUUUACAAGUGUCGGGCACCGGCAACGCGCGGAACUACGCGGAGUUGGGCCUGGCCGGCACGUGCUCGACGAUCGCCAAGGAGGAGGGCAUCGCCGCCUUCUGGAAGGGCAUCCCCGCCGCGUGGAUGCGCGAGGCGUCGUACACGUCGUUCCGGCUGGGCCUCUACGCGCCGCUCAAGCACGCGUUCGGGGCCGACAAGCCGGACUCGCCGUUCAUCAUGAAGUUCGCGGCGGGCGGCGCGAGCGGCGGCCUCGGCUCCAUCGUCGGCAACCCCUUCGACAUCCUCAAGACGAAGAUGAUGGCGUCCGAGACGGGUCUCGGAUUGGGCGCGACCGCGUCGUCCAUCUACACCAACCAGGGCCUCAUCGGCUUCUACAAGGGCAUCGACGCGAACAUCAUGCGCGCGAUCGUGAACAACGGCACGAAGAUGGCCUGCUACGACACCUCGAAAGGCCUCGUCAAGGACUACGCCCCUUCUCCCUUGAACGAGGGCGUGCCCAUGCAGGCCUUAGCGUCAUUCAUCGCGGGCUUCUUCAUGACGUGCACGGUCGCGCCCUUCGACAUCUGCCGCACGCGGCUCAUGAACCAGCCCGCGGACAAGCCCAAGGUUUAUUUUAACCUCUUCGACACGUUCGCGAAGAUCGCGACGCAGGAGGGGCCGCCGGCGCUCUGGCGCGGAUUUAUACCUAUGUGGGCUAGAAUCGCGCCGACGACGACCCUCCAGCUCCUCUUCUUCGAGAAGUUCUCCAAGUUGGCGGGCAUCUCGGCGACGUAGUCAUACCCCCUCCUGCCCCCGUCUAUAGUUCGAUCUUGAAAACU